CUCGAGGGGGUGCGGUUCUGCGGUCAAAUGAGAUAAAAAGAGGGGUCGCUGUACGGAUGUCCGUUCUUGCAGCGGAAAAUUGGGGAAUAUAAUUUUUGAAUAGAAAAAUUAAUCAUCAGGUUGAGAACCGCGAUAUUUUUAUAAUUUAUAAAAUAUCUCACUGAUCAGCAACUUUUUUAUUUGACCGCAGAGAUUUCACAAGACCUGUUUUUGCCUGGCUUUCCAAAUCAGCCCGAUUUGGUUUUCCUCAGUCUUAAGACCAAUUGGUGCUCAUUUGGUGAGCAUUUGAUCGGCCGGAGGGGCAGAGCAGCGAGCCUGUCCGCUGAUAAAAAAGCGUCAAAUCGACGAUAAAAAAUGUGCACGUCGGUUUAUCAGAGAGGGAGCGGAAUUAAAUCUCUCCUCUCCUGUAUGACGCGCGUCACACUGAGCACCAGCACCAGCAGUCCAUCACCAGCAGCGUAGGCACUCAGAUGUCCUCCCAACAAAAGUAGCAUUGAGUGCCAUGUCGGAGAUGAUGUCGAUCCCACAGUACGGUUGGAAAGUGCGGCUCAACCAUGUUUUCCCCGAGAGACGAAACCAAAGGGUCAAGCCCAAACUGAACCAGUUGCCUCCUCUGGUGCCAUUGGGACUCCGGUAUUUAAUAUGGGCUCUGAAUACUUUGAAAGAUGGAAAGAGGCCGCUAAUGAAUUAUUUCAAGAUGAAAACUGGGAAGCAAAUUUAUGGUGCUCCAAUUGGGGGGAUAGGCGCUGGAACAAUUGGCCGAGGGUUCCGAGGUGAAUUCUGUCGGUACCAGAUGAGGCCAGGCCUCUACACCUAUCACACCGUUGCAGCCAACCAAUUUCUGGUCACAAUAAAAAAUAAAGAUGGGGCCACGCUUUAUCAGCAAGUCUUGUCUCCGCUUAAACGACCAAAGUCAAAAAGGCUGUCCUCUUGGAAAUGGGAGUUUGAUGGCUCAAACGCUCAAUACUGCGCACUUUACCCGCGUGCCUGGACUGAAUUCAAGAUUCCAGAGCAUCAAGUAACACUAGUUUGCCGCCAAGUGUCGCCUGUCAUACCACAUAACUAUAAGGAUUCAAGUUUGCCUUGCGCUGUUUUUGCUUGGGAAAUUGAGAAUAAAAGUCAGGAGGAGCUGCAAAUCAGCAUUACUUUUACUUUCAAGAAUGGAACUGGAGGGAAGGAUGACAAAAAAGGUGGCUGCUGGACCCAGGCUUUUGACGAGGCAGAUGGAACCGUCAAGGGCGUCAUGAUACAUCAACAGAUAAGGAACAUGCAGUGCACAUACGGUGUUGCAUGUCGUAACAACAGUGACAAUGUGACGACUGAAACCAGAUUCAACCCAAAUGGUUCUGGUGCUGAAAUUUGGCAAGCGCUGCUCAAUAAUGGGAAUCUUAGGGUAGAGCCAGAAGAGUACCGUCCAGGAAAUUCCAGGGAAGAAGUUGGCUGUGCGGUUUGCUGCAAAAAUUUGGUGCCACCGAAUGGUCGAGCAUCAGCAGAAUUUUCAUUAGUUUGGGACAUGCCUCAAGUCAGGUUUUCUGGAAGCUCAAAGUCCUACAAUAGAUAUUACACAAGGUGGUUUGGAAAUGAGGGCACAGCUGCUCCAAAGCUCUCGAGAUACGCCAUCGAGAACUACCAUGUUUGGGAAAAGGAAAUUGAUGCUUGGCAGUUCCCGAUUCUCAAUGACAGAGACCUUCCCGAUUGGUACAAGAGUGCCUUAUUUAACGAGCUGUACUUUGUCUCCGACGGUGGAUCAAUUUGGGUUGACAUUGACGAAACUGAAAAACUGCCUGUUGGUGAUCCAAGAAUCGAGUAUGGACGAUUCGGCUACCUGGAGGGCCAUGAGUACCGCAUGUACAACACCUAUGAUGUGCAUUUCUACGCCUCAUUUGCCUUGGCCCAGUUGUGGCCGCAGCUUCAGCAAGUCCUGCAGUACGACAUCAGGGACACAAUUCCUCAAGAGAACCUUUCUCGUCGAAAGCAUUUGUAUGACGGCCAAAAGGCGUCUCGGAAGUCUGCGGGCUCAGUUCCCCAUGACGUUGGUGAUCCAGAGGAAGAUCCCUUUGUGAACAUCAACUCGUAUCCGAUCCACGACGUGGCCGACUGGCGCGAUCUCAAUUCGAAGUUUGUUCUGCAGGUUUUUCGCGACUACUGCCUGUGGAAAGACCCCGAGUACCUGAAGGCCAUGUGGCCCCAGGCGUGCACUGUCAUGCAGAGGGCCUUCAGCUGGGAUACUGACGGGGACGGGCUGAUCGAAAACGGCGGCUUUCCAGACCAAACUUACGACAGCUGGAUCAUGACGGGGGCCAGUGCCUACUGUGGCAGUUUGUGGCUGGCCGCUCUGCACGCCAUGGUGGAAAUGGCGACAGCUUUGGGCGAGUCGACAGAACCUUUUGCCUCGAUUUUGAAGAAGGGAAAAGUUGCUUUUGAGGAUAAACUGUGGAAUGGCCAGUACUAUAAUUUCGACAGCUCAGGAGCGCCACACUCGAGCUCAAUAAUGUCGGACCAGCUGUGCGGACACUGGUACUUAAAGGCUUGUGGAGUUGAAGAUGAGGUGUUUCCCAAAGAAAAUGUGAAAAAAGCGCUGUCUACUAUUUUCAACUUCAACGUUAUGAAGUUCAAGAAUGGAACCAUGGGGGCUGUGAAUGGGAUGUUGCCCUCUGGGGUCAAGGACCUUUUCACCAUCCAGAGUGAAGAGGUCUGGGUGGGGACUGUCUACGCCCUUGCUGCUCUCAUGAUGCACGAGGGCAUGGUGGAGGAGUCGUUCAAGACCGCUGGUGGCAUUUACCAAACAGUGUACGAGCGAAUUGGCAUGGGUUUCGAGACGCCUGAGGCGUUGUAUGAAGAAAAACACUACCGUGCCAUCGGGUACAUGCGCCCUUUGAGCAUUUGGGCCAUCCAGCUGGCGUGGCAAAGAAGAAACGAGCCAGUCGACUAACUUCAAAGUUCUUUUUCUAGCUGUGAAAAGUGAUUAACAAUUUCAGUGAUUUUUAUAGACGGCUUUUGCAAUUUUGUCUUUUGAGCAAUAGGCACCUGCAUCUGUUGUCAUGAUAUAUUUAUUUCUUAAAAAUCUUUUAAAAUAUAUAGAAAAGCUGGUUAGCAUGGAAUAUCUAUCAUGCUAUUGUAGUUUUUAAAAGAUUUAUUGUCAAUCAGUCAUUAUUUGUAUCCAAUUUGUUUUUAUUAAAAGUUAGAAUUUCACUUAAGUAAUGGAUUACUUUAGUUUUGUUAAAUUUGAGAACAUUCAG